AUGACAAGUUUCAUCUUCUUCACCCAAGCAGCUGGACGGAGCUGCUGGAGACUAUGGCGUUCUCAAACGUUACAUUCUCACCUGUUACACGAUUUGUCAUGCAAAAUCAACAUCAACAUUCACAGAGUGAAGCGACUUCGCAUGACAACUUCCCGGAGGGCUAAACAGCAUUUAAAUCUGUGCGGAAUUUGUAAUGCUAGAGCCGCAAUUGUCCCCCUUGCUAUUCUUGCAUUACAAAUU